AUGAUGUCAUUGUUUAAAUCUAAGGCCCAUAAAGAGAAUGAGAUGAUAGUAUCAUCCAAAUCAGCAUCAAUCAAAUCAUUCUUUGGAUUCAAUAGAGAUAAAUCUGCAUUCGUGAUUUCAAAUAAUAAUACCAACAACAACAACAACAGUGGUUCACAAAAUAUUGAUAAAAUUAAAUCUUGCAACCAAUUUCUACAACCAAUCACAAAAACCAUCCAUACAACUAUACCAAUUUAUGAUAUUUUUCAAUCACCUAAAUAUAAAUCAUGUUUAUGGAAUCUUGAACUUUUACCACAAUACAAGGUUUAUUUAUUAAUAUAUGUUCGUUUAGAAAAUGGUCAAUAUUUAUUGAAUCAACUAUAUAAAGAUAUCAAUUCAUAUAUUGAUUAUUAUCAAGAAUUAGACCAAUCAGCAAUAUUAAUUCAUUCCAAAUAUCCAUCAUUUCAUUAUUCAAUGUUGAAGUUAAUUGCACCAAUUUUUGGAAUUCAAAUGGUUGUAUCCAAUGGAGAAUGGUUAUAUCUGGUACAUAACUAUAAUUUAAUUAAAAUAUUUGCUGAAAUGAAUUUACAAUUAACAAAAUUUGUCCCAUUAAAAUAUCCAAGAAUCAUAAUAACUGUUUUAGGUAUCCCAACUAAAAUCCAUCGUAUCCAAUUGAUUCAAUUCUUUAAAAAUAUUGGAAAUCUAGUAUCUUAUAAUUUCGCACCUACUUGUAAAACUACCAAGUUUCAUGUCAUAUAUCUACAAUAUUCAAGAUUUCUGAAUUAUUCAGAUCUAAUUCCAAAAAUACGAAAUUUCAAAAAGUCAAUUAAAUAUCUUUUACAACACAAUUAUCUUUUAAAUGAUGCAAUGAGCACACUUAUUAAUAGCUAA